AUGGCCCGCUGCCCCGGUCUCCUUUCUCUCCCGUUGCAGUACAGGCUGUGGAGGCAUUGGUAUCGCCCUUUGGUCCCAAUAGCAGUUACGCAGUGCCAUUUAGGUAAAGUGGUGCGAAUGUUGCCGUCCAAGCAGCGGCAGGCUUGCUUUUUCAGCCAGGGGCCAAAUGUACUGCAUCAAGACAGCAGUGGACCACAAGCUGCAUUCUUUUCACCUCUUCAAAAAGUGAUGUUGCCACCAAAUACAUUUCAAGGGAAAGUGGCCUUUAUAACUGGUGGAGGUACUGGGAUUGGCAAAGGGAUGACAACAACUUUGUCCAGUUUAGGUGCCAAGUGUGUUAUAGCAAGCCGGAAUCUUGAAGUUUUGAAAGGAGCAGCAGAAGAAAUUUCUUCUAAAACGGGCAAUAAGGUUCAUGCCGUCCAGUGUGAUGUAAGAGAUCCAGUUUCAGUUAAGAAUGCUGUUGCCGAAAUAAUCCAAGUGGCAGGACAUCCUGAUGUUGUGAUAAACAAUGCAGCUGGAAACUUUAUUUCCCCUUCUGAACGACUUUCUGCUAAUGCAUGGAAGACGAUAACUGAUAUUGUGCUUAACGGUACUGCUUUUGUAACUCUGGAAAUCGGAAAGGAGCUCAUUAAAGUACAGAAAGGAGCAGCAUUCCUGGCUAUUACAACAAUUUAUACAGAGAGUGGUUCAGGAUUUGUGGUGCCAAGUGCCUCUGCCAAAGCUGGUGUAGAAGCAAUGAGCAAGUCUCUUGCAGCUGAAUGGGGUAAAUACGGCAUGAGAUUCAAUGUGAUUCAACCAGGUCCAAUAAAAACAAAGGGUGCUUUUAGCCGCAUUGACCCAACAGGCUCAUUUGAGAAGAAAAUCAUUGAGAGAAUUCCUUGUGGUCGUCUGGGAACUGUAGAAGAAAUUGCAAAUCUUGCUGCCUAUUUAUGCAGUGACUAUGCAAGCUGGGUUAAUGGAGCAGUUAUUAGAAUGGAUGGUGGAGAAUAUGUUUCUAUAGCAGGAGAAUUCAAUGAUUUGAAGAAGGUUACCAAAGAGCAGUGGGAUAUGAUUGAAGCAAUGAUUAGAAAAACAAAAGGAUCUUAAAGUACAUAACUGUAUGGUGAAGAUUUUUGGAAAUGAACCACUACUUUUUCAUGAGUAUUAUUUCAUGAGAAAUUACAAAUUGAGAAAUAACCUUCAAAAUAAUCUUGUAUGCUAAUUACAAUAAAAUAUUUUGAAAUUGUC